AUGUGCGCUCGGCGCGGCACGCCAUUACACGUUUACAGUGACAACGGCACGAACUUCGUGGGUGCGUCACGUGUACUUCAAAGGGAAUAUAAGCAAGCACUCCAAACAAUCAACACUGACAUCCUCGAGAACAUUAGCCAGCUGGGAGUUACUUGGCAUUUUAACGUGGCUGCGUGGAGCAGUGCGGGCGGCAUAUGGGAAGCCGCUGUUAAGAGUCUAAAGCACCAUCUGAAGCGCGUAGUCGGCCAUCAGAAGCUUACCUUCGAAGAAUAUUCAACGCUGCUUACGCAAAUAGAGGCUUGUCUCAAUUCAAGGCCUCUAUGUUCUUUAACUGAAAACCCAGAAGACAUAGAUUACCUUUCACCCGGCCACUUUCUUAUCGGCGGUCCUAUUCUGUCUGAACCAUUAUCGGAUAUAAAUAUUGAAAACGUAAAAACAAGGUGGCAACUAACUGAGAAGAUAUACAAAGAAUUUUGGAAGCGGUGGUCUGCAGAAUAUUUGCAUACGUUACAAACACGAAGCAAGUGGCAUAUACCUCAGAAAAAUAUAGAACUGGACAGCAUAGUGGUGAUGAAGGAAGAUAAUUUACCCCCUUCUAACUGGGCCUUAGCAAAGGUCAUCGAUGUGCACCCCGGCAAGGACGGGUAUGUUCGCGCUGUGACAUUGAAAACUAAACACGGAGUCCUGAAACGGCCUAUCACGAAGCUGUGCCCUUUGCCAGUACUCCCUGAUCAAGAUGAAAAACCGUUGCGCGCGGACAGUGACCCCGGCGCUACUGGGCAUACGUCAAAACGCAGUAGAAGUAAGCCUAAUUAUUUAAUUUGUUUGCUCUUACUUAUCAUCGCAAUUAUAUCGCCGUCGAUGCAGCAAACUUACAAAAUAACUCAGUUAGAAUCAACUAAAGCGUUAUAUUUUGAUCGAGCAGCCGAUUUGCAACUUAUAGAGAGACAUUGGAUCAUAAUUGUAUACUACAACAUGUCAACAUUCUGGAAAAACAUUCAAAAGGUGGAAAGAUAUUUAAACCAUUUAUACAACAUCUGUAAUGAAGAAGGUACAUGCACUGCCACACUUGCUCAGUUCAGACACGAGUUGGACGAGAUAGAACAUUACAAUAAUAUGUUAAAAUUUGCACCUCAUUCCAGAGCAAGAAGAGGUUUGAUUAAUGGUGUGGGAAGAUUGAGCAACUACUUAUUUGGAAUUUUGGAUGACCAAUUCGCUGAAAAAUACUCUAAAGACAUAAAAUUAAUCCAUCAAAACGAAGUCUAUCUGCAAAAAUUACUUAAAAAUCAAACUACAAUAAUAGAAGCGGAAAAUAAUAUAAUACAGAGAAAUGAAUACAUAAUGAAUAAGCAAUUCACAAGAAUCGAAAAACAAAUAAAGAAUUUUUCGACUGAAGUUCAACAAGUAAAACAGCGAGCCAUAAACACAUUUUAUUUUACUACGCAUGUUGUUACGCUUGACGUCAUUUUAUCAAAUUUAAGAAGAAUACAGGACACCCUAAUUAAUACUGUAACGAACAUAUAUCACGGUAGACUCGACGUACACUUGCUUUCUCCGGCACAAUUGCAAGAACAGUUAAACGUCAUAUCGAGACAUGUUCAAGGAGAGUUUUUAGUCCCCGUCAACGUGCAAAAUAUUAAGGAAUUAUUCAAAAUGCUACAAGUAAAGGCAAGAAUAACCGAAGAUUACGUCAUAAUUGAAGUGAAGGUGCCACUACUGAGUACUGACACUUAUGAACUUAAUAGAGUCAUACCUAUACCGCAAACAAGAAAUUUGAACUCUAUCUACGUCAUACCUUCUACCGACUACAUAGCAUUCAAUUUACGAAAAGAUACCUUUAUGUCGGUGAUGGAAAAUGAUUUACAGCUUUGCAUCAGAUACAACGACGUCAACCUACUAUGCCCCAUUACUAGUCCCUUAUACGAACUUAAAGUGGGUCAGUCUAUAUGUGACGUAAAAAUGAUCACGGACGACAGCAAUCAUAUUGUCGUAGAGAAACAAAGGAGUGCCCCGACAGAUGGAUUAAAUUACACUCUCGUGACUCCUGGCUGUACACAUGCUGCGAAGAAUGCAAGAUCCGCAUAUUAUGCCCGUCCGGGCUGGCGACGAGAAGUCUGCGCGGCAGCGGCCUUAUCAGUAUAG